AUGGAUACCUUGUUUAAAAACACAGUUAAUCUUCGAAGAAAACGGAACGCUGACUUGUGGCGUACGAAUUCUCUUAUUAACUUAUCGAGGCUAAGUGGAAGUAGCGAAUCUUCUAUUUUUGAAUCAGGUUCAGAUACGUCACGUAAGUCAAAGAGAUCUAAUCGACGUUGGAAUACAAUAGUGACAAUCGUCCUCGUGGAAGCGAAAAGUCUUCCUUCAAUAGCUGAUGAUGGACAUUCACAUAAUAUGUAUUGUAAAUUUCGGUUGGGUUCAGAAACCUUCAAAUCUAAAAGUGUUCCCAGUUGUCAAAAUCCGGAAUGGAGGGAAAGAUUUCAAUUACAUCUCUACGAUGACUACGUUUUAAGUAUAUGUCUUUGGGAUAAAGGGAAGAUGAAAAAUUCGAUGGGCAGUUGCAUUUUAGACUUGUCUCCUUAUGAAAAGGAACGCACACACGAAAUCUGGAGGAAACUGGACGAUGGGUAUGGAGCAAUACAUAUUUCGGUAACGAUGUGUGCAAUAAGAGACGCUGAAAUAUCUUUAAAGGGGCUUGAUACUCGAGAGUGUAAUGAAAAACAUGAUAUGCGUUUGCUAUCAAACGAUUGGAAUGUAGUCGGCAUGUUACACGUAAACGUUAUAGGCGCCAAAGGGUUUACUAACAGGCCAAAUGCGUACUGUACCUUGGAGAUCGACAACGAGAGGGUCGAGACACAUAGAGUUGGUGCGAGUACAGAACCCAGAUGGAAUAAAUGUUACGUUUUUAAAGUGUACGACGUGACAUCUACUCUAGAUCUCAAAGUGUAUGACAGCUCUUUAGCCAAUGCGCUGUUACCUGAGUCCAUAGGAAAAGUGUCCAUUCCACUUCUCAGGAUAACGAAUGACGCCACGCGCUGGUAUGCGUUGAAAGAUAGAAGUAAAAGAAACAAUGCUAAAGGGAACUGCCCAAGGAUACUGCUGCGAAUGCGUAUGGUUUGGAAUCCGAUUAAAGCUACAAUGAGACUAUUUCAAUCGAAGGAGAUGAAAUAUAUAAAGAAGCCGGCAAAAUUUGAUGUUUUUCUUAUUUACAGUAACAUGAAGUUUGUAUCAGAUCUGUUGAGCCUAGCCGCUGACUUAAACGAACAUUAUAAGCGCUUAUUCGAAUGGGAGGAUGAAAAGUUUUCUUUCUUUGUUCUGCUUGGUUGGUUAAUUUCUUGCUUCUACAUUCGUCUGUGGAUAGUACCUCUAUUAUUUUUAGCCCCUUUCAUCAGUUAUUGGAUUUUUAAACGACGAGAUUAUACGAAUACUCAUGGCGAUGGAUAUGACGACGUGUUGGAAAGUGUAUACAUAAAGGAAGACAAGACAUUUACUGGAAAAUUACAAGACUUACAAAAAAUGACGCUCACCAUAACAAAUGGUAUUGAAUUCAUAGUUUCGCACAUUGAGAGGCUUUAUAAUCUAGUAACGUUUAAAGUACCAUUUUUGAGUUAUGUUACGAUGAUAUUACUGAUCGCUGCGUCUGCCGUCUUAUUUGUGAUACCAUUCAAUUAUCUUCUAAUGGGUUUAGGUAUAUACAAAUUCACAAGGAAAUAUUUAAACCCAGCGCGAGUACCUAAUAAUGAUUUAUUAGAUUUUCUAUCACGUGUACCGGACAACGAAAUGUUGAAAGAUUGGAAAGAAUUAGGUGUACCGGAACCCAAUCAGGAUCAACAGUCGUCGAAACUCGUAAAAUCUAUUAGUACCUCAAUUUGA